AUGGAGGCCGUUUGGAACUACAUCACCAUGGUCGACCGGAAGCGCUGGGGUGUUGGAAACGUCAUCACCUCCUCCCCCUACGGGCCUCAUGGUGAGCAUCCAGAACGCUGGCGCGCAAACGGCUCCUUCCCUCUCCCUGCUGCUGCGCCCAACAACACGAUCCUCCUGCAGAGUCAGAAGAUCAACCUGGUGCUGAAGCUGAAGCCGGAAAUCGAGAAGUACGACAACAAGUAUGCUCAGCAGCUGCAGGCGGACUACGAGACACUGGUUGACAACAUCAAUGAUGCAAGUCAGAAAAUCAGCGACCUCCGUGGCCGCCUCUGGAAGAUGGAGGACUUCGCGAUUCAAUUCAUUGCCCUCCCCUCCGGGGUCUGGAACAAGAUUGAUGCGAAUUAA